UCAUAGACAUUACAUUGUGCUUAAUUUUUAUAAAUAUUACGUAUACUUUAAUUAAUUAACAACACCAAAAUGCGGACAAAAAAUCCCAUGGCCAAAAAGCCACAGCAAAUAUUAUUUUCAAAAAACACAUAUGGUCCAUGGGUGAAAGUUGAAAAUUGGGACUUUGCGAAUCACGCUGAAAAGAAAGACAAUUAUGUGUAUCGAGAUUAUUUAAGUAAUCAUGUCAGUACUUACAACCGUUGGGGAAACCAGGAUCAAGGUGUAGGGAAAACUGAAACUGGACAUAUGCUAGAACAGGUUUUUACAAAAACAGAACCGAUUUAUGCUUUCAAGCCCUUGGUUAAUUUUACUUCGUAUCCCUGUACUGAUACCCCAGGAAGAAAUAAAUUAAUGAAAAAAGCCAACUUAGCAGAAUUACCGCAUGAUUUUGGUGUAAUGGACUAUAUAAGUACACAACAAAAUGACUAUAGAAGUCCUUAUCCCGGAGUUACAAGACCGCUGACAAUGUCUUCCCCUCCAUGGUUACUAAAUCGAGUUAUUCGUUCCGACCUAACUCAUAACCACGGCACUGCUCCACCGAGAGGAGAUUACCAAUGUUUGGAUACACAUACACCUAUUGGGCACAUACGAGAAAUGAGGCUCUUCCGAUAUCAAUCGUUUGAUCCAGCCACCUGCGUUCAAGAUUUUCCGAAAUUAAAAUAAAUGUGGUCUUUAAGACGCGAAAUAAAAAAAGGUAAUAAAAAAAAGUAUUUAUUCAAUCAUACCAGUCACAAAUAUACUUAACUAAAUAAUAAAUCAACUUGAAAAAAUUAGGAGAAAACAAAACCUAUAAACUCCCAUAAAGCAAACUUCUUGAGAUCUAAUAAACUUAAUUUUGUUAUAUUGGUAUAUUUAUUAUAUAUCUUUAAAAAAACUUGUAUUAGAUUGAAUUAAGGGCACCUAUGCGAAAAGAUUAUGAUACUCCAUAUUGCCACCUUUCAUUUAGUUUACUGAUAAUCAUAACAAUUUCUGUGCCAAUAGUUUACUUUAAUUAACAUCAUUUUUAUACAUAAGCAUAAACUAAUUACACUUAGUAUAUCAGUUAACAUAAUCAUAGAACUAAAUUUAAAUUAUACAACUAAUAAGACAAUA